AGCUACUGCUAAUCAAUUCAAGCUUUGAAAGAUAGCUUACAUACGUACACUAAAACAGUUGAUUACCAAGUAUAAUCGCGGUACAAAAAUGAAUCGAAUCCAAAAGCCGAUGGUCAUUGUAAGACCUACCGGUACCAAAUCAACGUGUUAAGAUGUUGCUGUUAGCCCUGCUGGUGGCUUUAAUCGCAGUAGUUCCUUCGAAGGCUGACUUAAGCCAAGUUUGUAUAGGAGUCAACGCUGGAAUUUUCCCCCAUCCGGACCCUACCCAGUGUCAUCUGUACGUUUCGUGCAUCUUCGAAAGAUAUUUGGUAUAUCAAUGCGAAGCUGGAUUGAUUUUUGAUGCAAUUUCUCUUGAAUGUGUACCGGGAAACCAAGAAGAGUGUGGAAUUGGUGAAGUGGACCCAAGAUGUUUGCAGGUUUCGUUCGGAGUGUUCGAGUAUGCGGCGGAUUGUGGAAAGUUUGUUUUCUGCCAGUUGAGAAGGUCGACUGAGUUUGAGUGUCUAAACAGGGAAAUCUGGAGCCAGGAGGAAGGUGUUUGUAUUCCCGGCAACAGAGUUACAUGUCAACCUGGAGACGUUUUGUGCAUGGGUCGGCCCAAUGGAUUGAUUCCGUAUCCGGACGAUUGCAGUCGGUACGUUGCGUGUUUCGGGGAGCUUGCCACAUAUAGAAGCUGUCCUCGUGGUUACAUCUUUUCAGACGAACAAUCACAAUGCGUGGUGGGAAGUGCCAGUACUUGUCAAUCAUCAGAAUCCGUUUGUCAGUUCUAUCCAGAUAGGAAACAUCCCCAUCCGGAUCAAUGUGACAUAUAUUUGGAACAUAAUAAAUAA